CACUGCUCUAACAAUUCAUUCUUUUCCAAAAUUUUCCCAUCAAAAGAAAUGAACAAAAAGGAAAAUUAAUGAAAUAAUGACUGGCUCUAGACAGUCCCAAAGAUUAUCCUUUCAAUCCGUGUGACACAAGAUAAGCCAUUUUUCCCAUCAUCCAAUCCAAACAGACCUCAUCUUCCUCAAGAACUCAAACAAAUGAAACUGAUCACUCUUCCUCUUCCACUCCCAUCCACCACCACCCUCCUCUCCCCCAAACCCCAACUCCUCCGCUUCAAAUUCAAACCCCAAUCAUCUCUCCAGACAACUAUCAACCCCCCAAAAUCCCCAUUUCCGCGAAACCCCAAGUCCCCUGUUAUUAUCAUCGGCGGAGGACUCGCCGGCCUCGCCGCCGCCACCCACCUCAACUCCCAGAACACCCCUUUCCUCCUCCUCGAAGCCUCCGACGCCGUCGGCGGCCGCGUCCGAACUGACGUCGUCGACGGGUUCCUUCUCGACCGCGGCUUCCAAAUCUUCAUCACCGCUUACCCCGAAGCCCAGAAACUUCUCGACUACCAAUCCCUCGACCUCCAGAAAUUCUACUCCGGCGCCCGUAUUUACUACGGCGGUAGUUUCCACACCGUCGCCGACCCCCUCCGGGAUUUCUGGAACUCUGUCAAGUCCCUCGCCAACCCUAUCGGAUCCAUUCCCGAUAAAUUGCUCAUCGGAUUGACGAGAUUUCGUGUUCUGACGAAAUCCGACGAAGAGAUAUUCUCCUCCGGCGAUGAGGUCUCCACCAUGGAGCUGCUGAGGGGAAUCGGGUUCUCCGAUUCGAUCAUCGCUCGAUUCUUUCAGCCAUUUUUCGGCGGCGUUUUCUUCGACAAAGAGCUCGAAACGACUUCCAGAUUGUUCAAUUUCAUCUUCAAGUGUCUCGCCCUCGGCGACAACACUCUCCCAUCCAACGGCAUUGGUGCCAUCCCACAGCAAUUGGCCGCGAAAUUGCCCUCUGAUUCGAUCGUUCUCAACUCCCGAGUCGCUUCGAUUGAUUUCAGCGGCGACGAAUCUUCGUCGCCAAGGGUGAGAUUGGAGAGCGGAGAGGUUUUGAGAAGCGAGCUUGGAGUGAUAGUGGCAGUUGAGCAACCGGAAGCGGAUAAGCUUUUGGCGGGAAGGAUAAAUGGACUGGUCCGGACCAAACCGGCUCGAAGUACUGUUUGUUUGUAUUUCACUGCAGACCGGGCCAACAUUCCGGUUUCUGAUCCGGUUUUGUUUCUUAACGGGUCGGGCAAGGGCAUUGUGAAUAACAUGUUUUUCGCAACCAAUGUAGCUCCAUCUUACGGCCCACCCGAUAAAGCUUUGGUAUCGGUAUCACUUGUCGGAGGUUUUGAGGAUGUGACGAAUGAUGAUCUGACGACUGAAGUUGUUCGUGAGCUCUCUGGCUGGUUUGGGGGAUCAAUGGUGGGAUCUUGGAGACACUUGAGAACGUAUCGAAUUAAAUUUGCACAACCAAACCAAUGUCCGCCGCUCGAUUCGAAGAGAAACCCUCGGGUCGGGUCGGGUGUGUAUGUGUGCGGUGACCAUUGGACGACUGCCACAUUUGAUGGGGCGUUGGUGUCGGGAAAGAGAGCGGCAGAAGCUUUGCUUAGAGAUACUGCCUUGACUAGGGUUGUUUAGGUUUCAUGUUUUUUUUGUAUUUCUUAUCAUACAAUGGCUUGUGUUUGUAAAGGGUUCGUUGAAGCGUUUUUGGUGAAAAUAUUUUAUGAAUUAAUCCUUAAUAAAAAUGUAAAUAAAUUUUGAAAAAGUAAGUGUUUUA